GACGCUACCUACGAACCCUCGAAACCCUCCGCCGAGUUGCGACUACGUGCAACAACGGCCGUGGCGGCGAGGACAUGGCGGAAUCGGAGCCCUCGAACCGGGCGCUCACCACGACUCGAUUCUCCGAGCUCAACCCUCCUCUCUCCGAGCCUGUCAUCGAAGCCCUAACCCUCGCAGGAUUCCAAUUCUGCACGCCGGUCCAGGCCGCCACCAUCCCCUUGCUCUGCGGCCACAAGGACGUCGCCGUUGAUGCUGCCACCGGAUCCGGGAAAACGCUGGCCUUCGUAGUACCCUUCGUCGAGAUCCUCCGCCGGUACCCUUCUCCCCCCAAACCUCACCAGGUCAUGGGAAUGAUUAUUUCUCCAACAAGGGAGCUCUCAUCACAAAUAUAUCAUGUUGCACAGCCUUUCUUUGCAACAGUGCAAAAUUUAAAGUCUAUUCUUCUUGUUGGUGGUCUAGACAUAAGAACAGAUAUCAGAAAAAUAGAAAAUGAAGGUGCCAACAUCCUCGUAGGUACUCCUGGGAAGCUGCAUGAUAUAAUGGAGCGUCUAGAUGUACUGGAUUUUCGAAACCUUGAGAUCCUGAUUCUAGAUGAGGCGGAUAGACUUCUGGACAUGGGAUUUCAGAAGCAACUCACUUACAUAAUUUCUCGGUUGCCAAAGCUCCGCAGGACUGGCCUUUUUUCUGCUACUCAGACUGAGGCUGUUGAUGAGCUUUCGAAGGCAGGAUUAAGGAACCCUGUCAAGGUUGAAGUUCGAGUAGAAGCCAAAGCAUUAGGUGAUAUGGCAUCAACACAAGAAUUAGCUUCUUCAAGAACACCUUUGGGUCUUCAUAUUGAGUACAUGGUAUGUGAAGCACAGAACAAGCUGUCCUACCUUGUUGACUUCAUAUCAAGGAACAUGUCAAAAAAGAUAAUAGUCUACUUUAUGACAUGUGCAUGUGUUGAUUACUGGGGAGUUAUUCUUCCUCAACUUAUUGCGUUAAAAGGUUGUCCAUUAAUCCCACUUCAUGGGAGAAUGAAGCAGAUAGCGAGGGAGAAAGCAUUGGCAUCUUUUACAAAUCUUUCAAGUGGUGUUCUGCUAUGCACCGAUGUAGCAGCUAGGGGUCUGGACAUUCCUGGUGUUGAUUGGAUAUUGCAGUAUGACUCGCCACAGGAUCCAAAUGUAUUCAUACAUAGGGUUGGCCGAACUGCACGGAUAGGAAGACAAGGAAGUGCUGUUGUAUUUCUGUUGCCAAAGGAGGAUGCUUAUGUGGAGUUCCUGCGCCUGAGAAGGGUGCCCCUUAAAGAGAGAAAAAGUUUAGAUGUGGCAUUUGACAUUGUUCCCCAGAUCAGAUCUGCAGCCAAAGAAGAUCGUGAUGUAAUGGAGAAGGGGAUUAAAGCAUUUGUGUCUUACAUCCGUGCAUACAAGGAACAUCACUGCUCUUUCAUCUUCAGGUGGAAAGAACUGGAGAUUGGGAAAUUGGCCAUGGGAUAUGGUUUACUGCAGAUCCCAUCAAUGCCAGAGGUGAAGCAUCACUCUCUGUCAGUCGAUGGUUUCUCUCCUGUAGAUGGUAUUGAUUUGUCACAGAUCAAGUACAAAGAUAAAGCUAGAGAGAGACACAGAUUGAAGAUCUUGCAGAGCAAGCAAGCGGAAGAGCCUAAACAAAAUAGAGUGAAGAAGAUACCGGAUGACAAUGUUGCCAUUACAAGGAAGAAAACAGGCAGGCAACGUCGUGCGACUCAAACCAAAGAGGAUGACGAGGAGUUGGAAAAUGAGUAUCGCUUGCUGAAGAAGCUGAAGCGAGGGUUGAUUGAUGAAAGCGAAUAUGAAAAGCUUACUGGUUUUGGAAACUUGGAAGAAGGCUCCUCUGAAAGUAACUCCAAGGACUACGGAGCGGAACUCUCUACCGGGUCAAAAAGUAAAAGAGCAAAAAUCAAGCGAGGAAAGAAUGCAAAAAACACAGAAAGAUCCAGGGCUAGGAAGAACAAGAAGGGUUCGAAGAUGAUGAGGCUGAAGAUGAUAAAGAAUACAAGGGCUUGACUCACCUGCCAUCAUUGUGCACGUAGGUCGGGUGUAGCCAUGAUGCUGUAACAGACUCCAAUAGUAUGCAAAUCAUUCUGCUUCCUCGAAAGGUUCAGUCCAUGUCAUAUGUCCUUUCUUUUGAUGCAGUUAUCAAGCUAAUUUUGGAGGUCGGCAACCGGUAAUGGUAUGGUACUUACGAAAAUAGUAAAGAUACAGUUUGUUCUACGAAUUUGAAUUUGUCAAAACAGACACACACAUACAUUGCUGCUUAUAAGCUCUGAUGUCUGCUCUCUUGUGGUCCGGUGGAUGAUCAGGUUUAAGUCGCAAAAAUGUGUUUUUAUUUAUCGAGAAAAAAAUGCAUAUUGAUCGGUCAUCUCAAA